AAUAAUAAUUUAAAAAAAAGGUCAGUUGAAUCAUCGCGUGAUGUUGAGUUUCCGGAAGUGAGAGCGGCAUUAGAAGAGAACUGUCCGAGGUGCUGACUCCAUUUUGGCAACAUGGAUGAACAUCGAGGGGUCUGUACCAGUUUGACCUCCUCCCCCAACAGCAGCAGCAGCAGCCCUGCUGGUAGUAAACCUGGGAUGACCCCAGAAUGCAACGGGGCCCCAGAGCGGCGGACGCAGCUGCGGGUGGCUGAGUCCCAGGGACUGCAGCUCCUUGGUGUGCUCAGAUCGUUCAGGGAGCGAGGUCUGCUGUUUGACUUCACCAUCGUAGUCCAGGAGCAUGAAUUCCCAUGCCACAGAUGUGUUCUUGCAGCAUGUAGUGAUUUCUUCAGGGUCAUGUUCGAGGUUGACAUGCGAGAGCGCGGAGAUGGCUCAGUAACGCUUGCUAAUCAGUGCCCUGAGGCUGUGGGCUCCUUCCUGGAUUUUGCCUACUCUGGGGAGAUUCUCAUCACUGAUGGCAACGUCGACAUACUGUUCCAGCUCGCCUCUUUUCUGCAGGUUCCUGUCCUGUCCAGGGCAUGCAGUGACUUCCUUGUGGGAACAAUGGAUCUCUGUAACUGCCUUGCCCUCUUGUCCCUGGCUGAGGCAUACGGCUCAGCUUCUCUCCUUCAAAAUGCCAGCGAGUUUGUGGUUGGGAACUUUUUUGACCUGUCCGAAACACAGGAGUUCUUGGACAUGCAGGAAGAUGUCCUAAAGGCCUGCCUGAGGUCAGAUGCUCUGAACAUUCCCAGCGAGGAGGCGGCUGUGAUGUCUCUUCUUAGAUGGAUUCAACAUGAUCUUCCAGGGAGACAGAAGCUGCUUUCAGAGCUGAUGUCUCUGACCCGACUGCACCACCUGCCUGCAGCUGCCCUGACGAAGUUGCGUGAGUCAGAGUCUCUCCUUGGCAGUGACGACUCCUGUCUCACACUCCUAUCAGAGGCCCAGAGAAGACAGACUCAGCACAACGGCCUGUUCAGUGAUGCGAGGCCUGCAACCACUCAGAGCUACAUCUACAUUCAUAAGACAGAGGAGAAUGGACAGAACCGUCACACCUUCUGCUACUGCCUGGAAACGGACCAGUGGAGAGAGCUGCAAAGAGAGCUGGGCGAAACUUACAUUCCAGACCCACCUGGGUCUUACCUGACCACCUAUGCUGAGAAGAUGUUUAUCACCGGGGGUUGCCGAGGGAACUGUUGCCGGGCAAUCCGCCUCCAUGUGGCCGAACCCUACCAUAAUGCAAUUGAUGAGGUGUGGUGUUUUUGCCCGGUGACUUUAACCUGCACGCCUGCACCGGCCAUGCUGAAGCCCAGAACCAUGCACACAGCCGUGACCUGCCUGGACCGGGUCUAUGUCAUUGGAGGACGGACCGAGGGAACCAGAGGGGAGGCCCCGAGACUGCUAGAGGUGGAGUAUUAUAAUCCUCUGACUCAGAGCUGGUCCUCUGUGAGCCCUCUGCCGACUGCUAUCUUCUACCCAGAGGCCAGUGCUUGUGGCAGUGUGAUUUACACGCUUGGGUCUGAGGUGGAGAUCACAGACUCCUUUAAUCCCUCACUCGACUGCUUCUUCCGCUACGAAGCCCAGCAGGACCAGUGGAGCCGCCUGGUGGCAGAGUUUGGGCAGUUUUUCCAUGCUACACUGGUCAAGGCAGUGUCAAUAAACAAUACACUCCAUCUCUGCGAUCUGUCGACAUAUAAGGUUUACAGUUUCUGCCCAGAAACCAGUGUGUGGAAGGGCGAGGGAUCGUUUGAAUGUGCAGGGUUCAAUGCUGGAGCUGUAGGCAUGAGGGACAGAAUCUACAUUCUGGGUGGAGACUAUUCACCGGACGAGAUCACAGACGAAGUUCAGGUGUACUACAGUGGGAGGAGUCAAUGGGAGGAAGUGGCGUCCAUGCCCAGAGGACUCACAGAGUUCCACUGCCAGAUCAUUAGCUUCAACCGAUACAGAGACCCGUGGGGUGAUGCAGAAUGAUACCCACCACACAAAACUCGUUCCACACACACACACACCUGGAGGAAAAUGUUACUGGAUGUGCAUGUCUGCAUUUGAAACAUUUGCACAUUGUGGAUGGCAAACAUCUCUAAAGAGAAGGAUAAUUAGUGUUCUUUAAAGAUCAUCACACCUGAGCCAAAUGACUAUUUUUGUUUAUCAUGUGUAAGCCAUCAUAAGAGUUACGUUUCCAAAGCACCUA